AUGUCUUCUAAAGACUCUCAGCGGUGUCCGACAGGCCUCCUUUCACAGGCCCUCAAACUGUCUGCUCCGAUUUGUUUCAUGAGCAAUAAUUACAUGGAGGAGUGGAGCCUACACAGACCGGGCCCUGGGACCGUCCAUGUGCGCAUACGCCCUUGGCGGACGGACCGGAGCCCAGCAGGAAAUGAGGUGGUGGCUAAAGCUACAACAACUGAAAGGUCUCAUACCGUCCGCACAGACCUGACAUAUAAAGUUCACAACCUUAUACAGUCUGAUGCAUUUGAUCUUCUGCCUUCUCUACCAAACAACAGUAUACCUGAAGAAACAGCCAACAAUCUAACACAAUUUUUACUAAAGAGCGUGGAUGAGGUGAUAACCUCCUCGGACUGGAAAGAAAAUGAUGAGUGGAGUCCAGUGGUCAGUGGGCUGGUGGAGACAGUGGAUAAGGUUAUGGGAAACAUGGUGUCCAGACUUCAGUCCAGAGCAGACUCGACAGCCCCUCUGUCCAUCGGGGGCAGGAGCCCUGUGGCAGAUUAUUCCCUGAUGAAAAUCCCUCAGAACUACAACAUGCCCAACUACCGGUUCCCCCCACAAGGGAAGAGUUACAUUUCAGUUCCAGGAAAAUCCCUCUCAAUGCAAUCUCAGACCACAAUUGUGGGCCUUUUCUACCACAAGAUGCACAACUAUUACAAUAAAAUCAGCCCUCUUCAAACAAGCAUUAAUGAAGCAGUGGAUUUUAAAGAUCAUAAGAUCCAGAUGGCCAGUCAUCUUAUCUCUCUGAAGGUGGAGCCGUCUCCAGCCCUGUCACUCAACCUGUCCACCGAGCCUCUCAUCAGGAUCGUCCAAACGCACCAGCUGAGUAAAGAGCAGCAGCUUCAGGCCUUAAACCAAAGCAACAAAGUGUUCCUGUACUGUGCCUUUCUAGACUACAGCUCAAAAGAGGGUGUGUGGUCCAAUGAGGGAUGUGUGAGAGCUGAUGGAAACCUGUCCUUCUCUGUCUGCUUGUGUAACCAUCUGACCAACUUCGCCAUACUUAUGCAAGUGGUUCCCAUGGAGCUUAAAUCUGUCAGCCUGGUUUUAGAGAAGGGCCUGCUCUCGAAGGCCCAUCAGGUGGCGCUGUCGACCAUUAGCUACAUCGGCUGCUCUAUCUCUAUUUUCUGCCUGGCGAUAACACUGGUCACCUUUGCCGUGCUGUCGUCUGUAAGCACCAUCCGUAACCAGCGGUACCACAUUCACGCCAACCUGGCGUUUGCCAUCCUAGUCGCUCAGAUUCUGCUGCUCAUCAGUUUUCGCUUCAGUCCUGCAACGCUUCCAUGUAAGAUCAUGGCUGUGUUGCUGCAUUUUUUCUUCCUGUGUGCGUUCGCCUGGAUGCUGGUGGAAGGACUGCAUCUCUACAGCAUGGUGAUCAAGGUGUUCGGCUCUGAGGGCAGCAAGCACUUUUAUUACUAUGCUAUUGGAUGGGAAAUCUUCCUCUACCGCACAUCUCUAAACCAAGUUCACAUGUUUAUUUUCUCAGGAUCCCCUUUGGUCAUAUGUGUGGUAUCUAUGACAUCAUCACUAAGCAGCUACGGCGAGAUUGGCAAUUGCUGGCUUUCUCUUAAGAAUGGGGCGAUUUGGGCAUUUGUAGCCCCUGCGUUGUUUGUUAUAAUGGUCAACAUUGGCAUCCUGAUAGCAGUGACACGGAUCAUAUCGAGGAUCAGCGCAGAAAACUAUAAGGUUCAUGGAGAUGCCAACUCUGUGAAGCUUACGACCAAAGCCGUCGCUGUACUCCUUCCCAUCUUGGGCAUAUCAUGGAUCUUUGGUGUUCUGGCCGUGAACGACCACUCCUUGCUCUUCCAGUACAUGUUUGCGGUCUUCAACUCGCUACAGGGCUUCUUCAUAUUCCUGUUUCACUGUCUGUUGAACUCUGAGGUGAGAGCUGCUUUCAAACACAAAACCAAAGUGUGGACUUUGACCAGCAGCUCUAUCCGCAACAUCAACGUCAAACCAUUUAACUCGGAUAUUAUGAAUGGCAACAAAGGAGGUGUGACACCCACAAAGAUGAACACAUGGGACAAAAGCACCAACUCAGCCAACCGCAUAGAUUUGUCAGCGGUAUAA